AUGGGAGAGCGAAAAGGACAAAAUUUUUAUUAUCCACCGGAUUUCAAUUAUAAGAAACAUAAAUCAUUGAAUGGAUAUCAUGGAACUCAUGCACUUCGAGAAAGAGCAAAGAAAAUCGAUCAAGGAAUUUUGGUUAUUCGGUGAGAUUUGCUUGAAACUAAGUUAUUUUUUGAAAAAAGAAAGAAUUUUUCAGAUUUGAAAUGCCAUUUAAUAUUUGGUGCCUUGGAUGUCAUAAUCAUGUUGGAAUGGGUGUUCGAUAUAAUGCUGAAAAGAAAAAGAUUGGAAUGUAUUAUACAACUCCACUUCAUGAAUUUCGAAUGAAAUGUCAUUUAUGCGAUAAUUAUUAUGUUAUUCGAACAGAUCCCAAAAAUUUCGAUUAUGAACUUGUUGAAGGAUGUUCGAGACAAGAAAGACGAUUUGAUCCUUCGGAAAUAAAUCAACUUGGAGCUGUGGAUCGAGGUUUUGCACAAAAAUUAGCAGCGGAUGCGAUGUUUAAAAAAGAACAUGAAGAAGGAGAUCGAGAAAAAGCUGUGAAUGAAGAAAGUCGAGUUGAUAAAUUGGAAUGGAUUCAGGAAAGAAUGAAAGAUGAUUUUGCAGCUAAUUCAUAUCUUCGAGCACAAUUUCGAGUGGGUUUUUUGUACACUAAAAAAUUUUGCACAAUGAGAAAAACACAUUUUUUUCCCAAAAAUUUUCAGAAAGAGAAGAAAUCAUUAGGUGAUCAACGAAUUCGUGAUGAAAGCCUCCGAGAAAAAUUAUCGAUUGGAACAACAAAAUUAUUACCCGAAAGCGAAGAAGACAAAAAAGUUGCAUCGCUUUUGACAAGAUAUAAAGAUGUGAAAUGUAAGUUUUUUCUAAUAGCUAAUUAGUUAAUUUCAUUGAAAAAAAUAGGGUCAGUUCAAAAAUUUCAUCCAGUUAAUAAAAUCCUAGAAUUCAAUUUUUUCUCAUCAGGUUAUGACGAUGUUCAAUCAUCAAGUAGAGAACGAAUCGAAUCGCGUAGAAUAUUUUCAAAAUUCGGAGAUAUUGAUACACCAUCAACAUCUACACCAUCUUCCUCAUCAUCAACUUCAACCUCAAAAAUGGCGGCUACCGAAAAGCUAAAAGCUACGGUGAAAUUUGAACGAAAUAAAAAGAUUAAUGAGAGUGUAAGUUUUUUAUUCCUGAUAUUAAUUCGGCAUUUUCAAUAAUUAUUUUCCAGUUCUCAGCAUCUGUCAAACGAAAAUCCGAAUUGCUUGGAAUUCAAAUUAAACCGAAGAAAGAAAAAGUUCCGGAAGAACCAAAUCCUCCUGCAAAACCACUUCCUCUGAUAGAAUAUAGUUCCUCAGAUUCAGAUUAA